GCCUUGCAACAAGUUUCUCGUUAGACAGGGGUGUACCCACUACCCGCAUCCUGCACAUGCGCUCUUACCUUCAUCGAUUUUUCUCACUUUUGACAGUUCAGCCGAUGUUUUGGGCUGCCACCCGCCUUCUCGGAACGAAGUAAACAAAAAAAUAUGGCUUUAGAUUUUUCAGCUACUUAUAAAUUGCUAGUCUUAGGCGACUCGAAUGUAGGAAAAACGUGUAUUGUGCAUAGAUAUUGUGACGAAAGAUAUUACGAUAUUUACAUAUCCACAAUAGGGAUAGACUUCAAACAAAAAAUUAUCAAUUUAGACGGAGUGCCAAUAAAACUUCAAAUAUGGGAUACCGCAGGACAGGAGAGGUUCAGGACCCUCACAACUGCUUAUUACAGAGGGGCAAUGGGCAUUAUACUGAUGUAUGAUAUCACUAAUUUGGAAUCGUUUAACCAUUUGUCGUAUUGGUUAAGGAAUAUUCAAGAGUAUGCAUCGCCAGACGUUAUCAAAGUUCUAGUUGGAAAUAAGUGUGACGUUCACGAAAAUCACAGAGCUGUACCAAAGGAAAGAGGACAGAAGAUUGCUGACGAUUUUGAUAUGCCGUUCUUUGAAGUAUCUUGCAAGAAUAAUAUAAAUAUUGAGGAAGCUUUCCUUACAUUAGCGAGGAGAAUAAGGGAAUACAGAGAUUCAAAGGCGGAUGCUUUCGAACUGAAAGAAAGGGACAACGUCAUUAAGCCAUCUGAAUCUGAGACAGACGUAUCAAAGUGUAGCUGUUAGAUUAUGUUUCUAUUAAAUAAUAUAGCAAAAUACUUACGGAAUCGGUGAGAAAUAAGACAGGGUUCGGUCAGGUACCUAAUGAAUGGUAGCCUUUAAAACUCGAAUGAAUAGUAUAAAAACAGGUGAAUGGCUACCAUAAGCUAGUUGAAAUUCAAGAGUAGAUUGGAUAAGGUUGGGAAAAGAUAUUUUAAGCCUGUUGUUAGCUAUAUAUGCUUAGAUACAUUAUCAGUAUAAUCGAAUGUGGUCUAAACCGUUUUAGAAGAUAUGGUUUCAUUGGGUGUGUCUGGUUGAUUUCGAAGCAAGCAACUUCUACCGUUUUAGUUGAAGAUAGUAUUAUGGUAGAGUACUCGUAUUAAGGUAGAAAUAGCUUGUUAAGGAAUUAUAUCCACAAUUAUAGACUGUACGCACGCUUUAUGCAUAUUAUAUUAAAUGUGUUAAGCCGACUGUUUGUCAACUGCACUCUCGAUGAUACAAAAAGAGGAAAUGGUGUGUAAAGAUAAAUAAAACGUGACGGCAAAUAACUCUUCUCAUAAAAACCUGUCAUUGUUUAGUCAAUUAUGUUAUCAUCUAUAAGGAAGGGGGGGUUUUACAAUGAAGUAUAAAAGCAAUAUUAUUGCUAGCGUGGGAAAGUGAUGGCGCUAGACAGUCUAUAGCGCUAUCAUUUUUCAGACUGGUAAUAAAACUGCUUUAAGACGUCUUGGUGCGGGGUCUGCAGAUAUCACCAUGGGGUAGUAAAUAUUAGUGUUAUACAUUGCCUUUAGUUUUUAGACAAUGAUCAUUAUAUUUUUAUUUGCUUUUGUUUAAAUCAGACUUUCGUCUACAUAUUAUUAUUUAAUUUAAAAAAUAUAUAUUUAUUAAUGAAUUGAUAAUUAUGCGCCAUGGUGAUGUAGACCAGUGGUGUUUCGUUAUGUGAUUCGAAAUAUGUAAUAGAUACAAAUAGAGUUUUUAACUAGUUUAUUCACGCAUCUUGUCGAUAAUAAGAUUGUGCGUUUUGGGAACAUCAGUGUUUUAAAUUAUAAAUUUAUAGCUCCUUUGGAGAUAUACAAAAUAAUUCGUUAUGUUAUGUUAAUUUGGAGCUGAGAAAGGAUGAAUAAAACCAACCGUUAACUUAUACCAGAUCUAUGCAAUUUCUUAGACUUUAAUCUAGAGAAUAGAAACAUGUAUUAAAUAAGCCUUAUGUGGCUUCAGGCAAUAAAAUGUAAUACUCAGCCUUCAUUGCUCACGAACUAUGAUAGACAAUGAAAAGCACCUUUACGAAUUUAAAUAAUUUAUUUAAAAAAUUUCUAACGGUAGAUCUAUUGUAUCGAUAUAUGAAUGCAUGUUUAAUCACUUCAAUAUUAAUGUAAUAUUUAGUGAAACUUCAUUGGAUUGGAUUGAUUGACAAAUAAAGAUGCAAUAUCAGAAAAAAGUAAUUGCGAAUAAAAAAUUGUAAUUAAAGUUGCGAUGAGAAAGAGUUUCAAGCACCGGUUAUUUUGCUGGCUUUGAAUGGAUUAGAUUUAACAAUAGAAGUAGAUUUCGAAUAGAGGCCUGCAAUACUUCCAGAUUAUCCACCCAAACUUUCAUUUUUAUAUUUUUCAACAAGUAUUGUACUUAUUAUAGUUAAUAGUGAAUUAAAAUUUACAAAACAAUCCAAUGAAUUGCCGUUGUACAAUUUUAACACCAGCGCAAAUGGGCAGUUCUAUGUAAAAUAAAUUUUUAUUACAAUCAUA